CUCAAAGGAUUUGUCCAUCCCGAAACAAAACACAAGAUUGAUGAACCCAAUGAAUAAGAAUACGAAGAAAAGCAACAUGACUGUCGGCGCGCCGUUAGUUUACAAAACCUGUGGAGAACGCACGACAACUCCUGUAUAGCAAGCGGCUCGUCCUCAAGCUAGAGAUGCAGAGUUCUAGGCCUUUGGAGGAAGAAUAAAUCUAGAAGAUCAAAGCUAACGGUAGAAGAAGGAACGGCCAGGCGGAAAAUGAAAAACUAGAACUUAUUGCUACUCGCUUCGCGAAACAAGAAGAUGCAAGGUAAUAUAGGCCUCUUGUCCCGGUUCCGAGAGCCGACGCGUCAGCAGAAGACCGCAGAAGAGGAGAGAAUUGACGCACUGCGUGCAGCAAUCGAUAAAGAAGAUGCAGAUCUCCAAGAGUUGCUGGGUGAGCGGGAUCGCCGUCGCGCUAUCAGGGAAAGAAGAGAGAUCAGGGAGAUGCUUUUAAGACGAAAAAUUGAAACUUAAUCUUUUUAGAAGGUACAAUGUGACUGAAGUACCUCACAUCCACUUGGCCAUGUGGUAAAAGAGGGCACAUGACAUGACAUGAACUUGAGGAUGAUCUUGAUCUAUAAAUAAAACAAGAUAUCUUCGAAUCUUCCACGGUUUUAUCAAUGGAGGGCUUUGAUAACACUCCGUCUAAACUUUCAUGACUACAAGUACAAUGGAUGGUAACACCAGGCAAAACGUGACACGAGGUAUCAUGACAUGACAUGACAUGACUCAUUUAUUUUGGCGUAGUCCAUCGGCUGGACGUCCUUCUUCUAAUCUCCCACGACUACAAUGAGCGGAUGGCAGGGAUUGACAGUGGAGAGCGGAAAUUUUUCGGCGAUGUAGACCCCAGCUUUGACCCGAAUGCUAUACCACUGCCUGACCAUGACUUUUCUGAUGAGCAGGCUGAAGGAGGAAGAAGAGGGGGAGGAGGAGCAGCUGGAGAUUAUGGCAGAAGAAGGAGAAACUUUGUUCUUCUCGUUGUAAUAGAGUACUAGUACUUCUAAGUAGCUAGUAUCUCUCUCUAAGGCGUUGCACCACAAGAAGAGUUGGAUCCUUUGGCCGCGAGGAAGGCGGCAAGGAAAAAACGGCUACUGGAGCAAGCAGGGAUCAUGCCAAAUGAUGCUGCAGCAAUGACUCAAGAGGACCAAGAAAAAUAUACUUAAGGCCUGUCCCCAACAUAUUCAUCUUAAGAAGUUGCAUCUCUGAUUGUUGCUUUCAAGGGGAAAAUGGUCGGAGAAGGUGCGUUGUUACAAUAUGAACUUGAACAUGAUUUGCGGAAAUAAUAAGUGCUCUAAUGAGCAGUGUCGUUUCUAGCAGACGCACAGAAGCUGAGAGAUGAGGUGGUAGCAGAAAUGCAAGAAAACGCUGCUGGAAAUGACGAAACUGCGAAGAUAUGGGUUUAGAAAAGUUGGAUAUUUCUAGUCAGAAGAAGAGACCUUAGGUACUAUUCGCAAUUAGGUUUGAGGCUUGUGUAUCUACAUGAUCAUGAUGCACAGGUUGAUAAAUGUUAUACUUGUGCCAGCAGGAGCAGCACCUCUCUCUCUCCUGUGUUAUACUGUUCUCAACUCAACACUGUCACCUCUUCAUCUCGCCUCUCUAAUCCCCGUCGGCGGACAAACAGUAUCAUCGGACUACGCAGAGUUCGUCCGUGGUCAAGCGGGUCUGGCGAAACAUUUGCAAGGUGGCAUACCUUGGUAUAGGCCAGAUCUGUCUUUCCGCAUGUGGCUGAUGAAGAAACGAUUCCAGCAAUACGCGGAGUCACUCGGUAUACGAAAGUUAAGGAAUUUUGACUCAAAAUCAACCUUCUUCUUUACUGAGUAAAAGAGUAAGUAGUCUUCUUCUUCUUCUUCUUCUUCUUCUUCUUUACUGAGUAAAAGAGUAGUUUCUUCUUUACUGAGUACAAGAGUAGUUUUCUUCUUCACGGAGUAUAAGAGUAAGUAGUAUGGCUAUGGAGUAAAAGAGUAAAAAGAGUCUAAGUAGUAUGGUGCAUCUGUCUAGCGUAAGAGUAGCGUAGUACUAUGGGUACUAUGCCUCUUGAAGAUGGUGGAUUCUGGAAAUAUGAAGUUGAAGGCAUGAUGCCUGUAAUGGAAAUGCAAAUGUACCAGCACAUCUACAUCUUAAGACAGAACAUUUAGAUUGUGGAGGCAGAGCUGCUCUAAGAAAGAAGGGAAAAAUUCAGCGCCUGGUGGAAUCCCUCGGUUUCGAUUUGUUUUUCGGGUUGAUGAUUAAGGCUACCGCAGGAGCAUCUUAAGCAUCCCUGGCUCAGGUGCAUCCCGCCUGGCUCAGGUGCAUCCUCAGUAUCGUCCCUGGCUCUUUUUCAACUUGAAAAUGGAGCGCCCAAGGAUAUGCCUCUCAAUGAAGAUGUGACCACGGUAGCUCUAAGAUGAUCUGCGUGAAUGCUUAUACCAUAGGAGCCGGCGCGAAAUAUAAAGACGGCGAACCAAAGCCAGAGGGUGUCAAAUUUAGUGAAAAUUUCUUUACUGGCCUGUUCGUGGGUGAAUUUUUGUUGCGAGUACGGGCAUAUGGGGUGGUGUGGAUGUUCGACACCUGGAAUUUCAUGGAUUUGCUACUUUACGGAAUGAGAGACAGCAGCAGUAAGUAGUAGUUGUUGCACUUGAAGAUGUUGUCGCAAGAACUUCAGUAAGACAUUCUAUUUCUAUACAUAGGAGACGCCCACCUGGUCCUUCAUUUCCCCUCCUCCUCAAUCCUCAUCCUUCAUCUCCCCGUCUGGAUUACCGGAGUCCUCACGUUGUGGGUCCUCGAGCCAGCGGGUCUUGGGCAUCCGAUAUUGAGGGGUUUGGUCGUUUUCCGUAUUUUCCGACUCAUUCGCGUAGCGAGAGAACUGCGAAUGGUGCCAAUCUUCAAGGAGCUGUGGAUUUAUGUCCUUUUCUCCCUUUAGCAAAGCAUUGCUAUCAAAUCUAAAAAUGAACAAAUGCCUCAACCUUCAAUGGAUGCUGCUCCUUUUCUCUCUUUAGCUUCUAAUUGAUGCUGGUCCAGGGAAUGUUUGGAUCCUUGACUCUCAUCUUGUGGAUUCUGGUGGUGGGGGCAGUGCUGCUGGUUUUCUUCUUAUGUACGUGAUGUUAUAAAGUAGAACAUAAAAGAUAGUUUUAGUUCGUGCUUCAUCUUCAUCUUUUUGUCAUCUUCAGGAGGGGCCGCUGCCGCUGGCGCUGCGGCCGCAUGACUAGUAUAAGUACAACUUGCCGGCCGCAGGACUAAGUACUUGCACAGGCUGACGAGGACCGUGAAUCAACUACUUUUCUUCUAACUUCCUCAAUUUUCUUCAUGGAUAUGCUUGGGGCUACGCUUUUGUAUCAAGGGGCACCUCUUGGGCAAAGCUUUUGCGGUCAAGGUCCCGAGUACAAGGACUUCUGCUGGAGAUAUUUUGCGAGCAUGGGAGGUACUCUUACCUGUAGAUACUAGGUCGAUCUUUAUCUGACAUUAUCAUAAGUAUCUAUAAGUUGUACUAGUACUAGAACUAGUAGUAUUAACUUUAACAAUUCUAUACGUCAGGUUCGAUGUACACUAUGUUGCAGUUUACGUUACUCGACCACUGGAGCUAUCUGGCGAGGUACUUCAUCGAUGCUCCUCAAUACGAGAAUAAAGAGGUGUUCCUCUUCUGCUUACUUGUGUAUUAUGGCAAGUUUUCUACUAUGUUCUCAGCUCUCUAAUCCCUCGUCGUCUUCACCGCCAUAGCAUGGAGCGCAUGGAGCGCGGAUCUCUAAGGGACGCAAGAAGCGCCCCCUUGUUUAGCUCCAUGCAGCUCCAUGCGAUCCAUGCACUCCAUGCCAUGCGAGCUGGCAAACCUUAUAAAUUGCUCUGUGCUAUUAUUUACACCUCACCACGGAGACGGACGCCGGUAGUAGCGAUAUUACUUCUCACUCUCUAAUCUCCUGUCGUCUUCACCGCCAUCGUCUUUUUGAACCUCAUCAGUGGCAUCGUGAUCCAAUUGGCUUUUGCCGCUUCUGUUAUGAGUGCCGUAGGAAACCCUUGCGUCUCCAAAUACGUCAUCCUCAUCUGGAAGAAUAAUAGAAGACUUGGAAUAGCAGACAAGGACAAAAAGGGAAGAAGAAGACAAGACAAAGAGGAAAAAGUACUUACUUGCUUGGGGGAUCAUUCUUGCCUAGAAGAUGAUCCAACAUCUUCUAGUAGGUACUUGAGAAGAUCAUGUCGCGUUUGUUGUUCCCUUUUUUUGCACCUCUAAUUCUGAGAAAGACGCCGAAGCGACUAAAGUAAGACAAGAAUUAGUAGUGCAGAAGACGACGGCAGAACUCCUACUCAUAUUCGACGAUAUGGACAAAGAUGGCUCAGGAGAAUUGACGAAGGUAGAGUUCGCGAACCUGAUGUCGGAUGCGAAAUUUAUCAACUUAUGCAGUACAACGAAAAUUCCGAAUUGUUCAUCUCCUCCAUAAGAAAACAUUUCUUAUAAAUUGAUAAUCCACGUUCUUUUUCUUGAGUCACCGAUUACAACUACUCCUCUCAGUUUCAUCCUUCACAACUUGAUGGAUUCAUCUGAGAAUAUGAAAGGGGUGGCACAAGAACUCCAUCUGAGAAUACGAAAGGGGUGGCACAAGAACUAUCAUGGUUGUCUGAGUACUAGUAUGUGCGUGGAGAAUUAUGGAAAGCUCUACCUCUAAUCCCCAAGAUGAAAAUUCUCGAUAUCGAGACGCACGAUUUGCCAGACGUUUUCCGGAUUUGCGAUGACGGUGAUGGUGCUGUUUCGUCCUCUGAAUUCUGCAACGGUUUGGUGAACAUGCUGAAAGCACCUACAUUAAGGCAUCCCCUAAUCCAUCUGAUACUGUGGAAAUCCCUCAGCUCAGCCGUAAUCGUGUCCAUAUCCAAAGGAUGUUCUUAAGGGAUUCCAUAUCCCAAGGAUGUUCGUAAUCGUAGGGGAUUCCCGCAGAGAUGAACUGCGCUAACUAAGGCUUUGGACAUGCUUUCCGUGACGAGAACGGCGAGAGCUUUGGAAAGAACACUCAACUACAUCGUCGACGAGCUGUCACAGGGCGUUCUGAGGGGCAGAGUAGUCAAAAUCUCGGACAAUGUUAGAUUAAGGCUAUUUAGUUUGAUUGGAAGGAGCGUGAACUUCCUUGAUGGAGGGGCGAGACGCUAUCCAACAGGGAACCCUAAGCCCGAGGCCGUGUUUCCAGGACCUCCUUUCCAUUUCCUUUCCCUCUUUGCUUUUCUCUUUCUUUUCUUAGCGAGGCCCACCUUAAGCAAGCUCUAACUAGAGGCAUCCAGAACGGCGUCACUGCUUUUCUUGAAGGCGCAGAGGAGCUGAUCUCAAGCAUCCACGAAUGUGACAUCCAAAAGAUCUGCGAUCGGACGCAGGGAUUCUUACCGAAAAAGCCAGAGUUGCCAGAUUUGAAGUUAAGAACUACAGGCUCACUUUCACUCGACUGCCUACCAUACCAGUUCAUCUUCACAUCUUCACUUCACCUUCUUCCCUCACCUCCCCAUCUCCUCUCCUCUAACCUAUGACGCGGAAGCAGAGGACUAUGGGACGCACGAGUUUGAUCCUCACAAUUUGCACGACCGAGACUUCCCCAAACACGACCCUAAAAAUUUUACGAAAGCUAUGAACUACUUCCGAGGUAGGAAUGCACAGGAAGAGGCGAGGUAUAAUUUUUUGAAGAUGAGAGGCAUUCACUUUCUUCACAGAGACGUUCAUCUCUCACCUUUGUUCAAUACAGGUAUUCUUGUCCUACUUUUUACUACUUCUAUAUAUAAUGAUCAUGAUGAUCUUACUCUUACAUCACCAAGAAUUAUCACAAAGACAAUCGCGAAUGGCAACUCAUCUUAUCUACUUAGGCUAGCGCGAUUAGCAGCCAGGCGUGGUGGUCGUGGCGGGUCAAAAAGAUCAAGCUCUGUUGGCAGCGACAGUGCGCCAAAACGGAAGCCCAAACGUGGAAGUAAAGAAAAAAAGGAGAGCAAGGAUGCAGGAGGAGGCGAUGAGUUAAGACGUAGAUUUUAAGGGAUGUCUUCACUCUAGUUUCCGUUUGCAAAUGCUAUCACACAUAAUUGAUUAAGAUCCCUUUCUUUGCAGUUUGCACUUUUCCCUUCUUCUAUUUUUCACUGACUUCUUCCUUGGUAAGUUGGUAGAUUCAACACUCAAGCUUAAUUUCAACAUCAUGUCAUGUGUGCGCUCCGUGUUGCGAUCCUUACUCGAUCACCUAAGGAGCCGCAUUACUCACAUAGAAGUUCUAGAAAGCUAGCUCCUAAGUAACUUAGUUACAGUCAAGCCCCUACCUCAUCUUCAUUCCCUACCUCAUCUUCAUUCCCUACCUCAUCUUCAUCCCCUACCUCAUCUUCAUCCCUAGACAUUUCAACAUCAUCUUCAUCCCCUACCUCAUCUUCAUCGUGUUAGUAGAGAAGAUACUACAUCGUUACCUCAAGUAGAGCGUGCUGUUAUUAUCUUCAAGAACGACAUGAUGUUAUUAAUAUUAUCUUCAAAAAGAAGUACUAUUUACGAAGCGUUCGAGUGUAUUUGCUUAUCGUUAAGUUAGGAAUCUAAGACAGAUUGACUCUCCCGCUAUCGUGUACAAAAACUGCAUUAUUAUCUACAAGAAGAAGUACUAUACAGGCGUCGUCGACAUUCCCCCCUCUCUAAACCUUGCAGCUGCGGCAGCCGCAAGUGCUCAAUCUACAAAUAAGACAGCGCCAGAAGAGGAGGAGUUUUCAGCCAUUCCGCCAGAACCCGUGAUCAUUCCUCAACCACUGAUACCCGCACAAAACGCGUUGAUGCAGAUGCUAGGCUUUCCUGGGAAAGAGACGAAGUUAAGAAAGGAGCUCGUGAGGCACAUUUGGGUUUAUAUAGAUACAACUAGUUGCACAAGAACAUGUACGAGAAUAUUACAUUUACAUUUUAUAUUUUGUUUGUACAUACUAAUUGUACAAAUGCUAAUUAAUACUAGUCUUACAUACUAAAUGAAGAGUCUUCAGGGGGAGGAUCGACUUGCUCCACUUGGUGCUCAAACUACUCGCGUUACUAUUUGUUCAUGUUUGCGACUAGAGAUGUAGAAUUAAGUGCAGAACUAAGUGGGAUCGACUAGGAUAGCACCUCGUCUAACAAAAAAAGAAAAAGCACCUGAGGAGAAAAAGACAGUGUCAAAGACGAAAAAGAAAGUCGCGGCAAAGGAUAAGCUACCACCUCCGAGCUGAUCAAUUUUUAUUGCCACGCGUCCAGGGUCACUUCAAGCAUUAGAAGAGGCCUACGAAGAACAAGAACAACUGAGACCUUACGUAGACAAGAACAACUGACUCCUUCUAAGAAUUUUCGACUAGACGAAUCUAUGAUUACCCUUACCGCGACAAGCACAAGAACAGCUGAAGUUCUAGCUCAGACCAGAAUCUACAAGAAGAACGAACAGGCAUCUACUUAGUCAAGCUCAGACCAGAAUCUAUAACUCACAUCUCCGUCAUACAGACAACGCUUUUUUGCUUACAUUUUGAUAUAGACAUUGCAGUGAUACAGAUACAAGCCGUUGCAAAGAUUUGUUCAAAAGUUUAUAAGAUAAACCGUUUAUUAUAGACAUAAUAUAAAUAUUCCUGUUAAAGAAGAUGAGCAGC